GUUUUAUAAUUUUUUAUGUACCCAUGCUUACAGCUCCUGGAUGACCGUGCUGACAAGACGCGUGCAGGCUGCAUCGUCCUCAUUUCAGAUGGUGUAGACAAGAGCCAAUUCAUGUGGAGCCAUGAGAGUCUUGCCCCCACUGACCCCAUCCGAGGCCUCCUCCGAAAGUACCCAGUCCACACCUUGGGCUUGUUCAAGGCUGACCCAAAGGCGCUGCACUACAUCGCCAAAGAAUCCUAUGGAACCUAUUCCUCAAUCACAGACAACAAAGACCUCGACAAGAACAUCAUGGAGGCACUGGCUGUCUGCCUAGCCGGGUUCAAGACCAUCGUCGCCUUUGACACCUGCGUCGACAUCACGUCAAGCAGCUUGGAGAUAACAAGGGUCGACUCCGGGGGCUACACACGCCGGGCUGCUCCUGGAUCAGGCAUCUCAAUUGGCAUGCUGUGUGCUGGGGAGGUGAAGGACUUGGUCAUCUACUUCAGUUACACUGCUGGGUCUUGGGAGCGUGGCUACUAUACCACUUUGAGUGGGAUCACUGCUAGGGUCACGUACAAGGAUAUGCCGGGUGGGCAGUCAUCAACCUCAACUAACAAUUGCUCCGUGUCCGUCGCGGUUCACACGACCCAGGAUCCAUCGCUUCCUGCAAACCCAUGCCCUCCAUUCCCCUUGGUCCUGCAGCAGAUGGUCCGGUUCAAGGUGGUGGACCUGCUCCUAGGCGUCCUACAGGAAUUGAAGGCCUUGAAGAAGGAUGCUGGUGGUGCCAAGGAGAAAGAUGGUGUUGAUGACCCAGUGUUGCAGUCCAUUGCAGCCAACAUGCUGCAGAGGAAGUGGAUGGAGUUCAAGCAAUCUGAUGAAUCCUGGAAAGCAGCCACCCCGAAGUCCUUGCUUGACCUGGGCAGCAUUGACGGGGACGUCAAUGCAAUGGUGGGCAUCCUCAGGAAGGGCUUGGGUGUUGGAUGCAUUUACUCAUGGCUGUCGAGCCAUGAGAUGCAGCGCGCAACGGCUACAGGCUUACCGGCGGAGGCCAUGUUCCGCACGCCAGUGAUGGAGAUGAUGGUGCAGAAGGUCCGCAGGAAGUUGCUGCUCAAGGAAGCAUAUGAACAAGGAGCGGAAGACCGAGCUGUCUACGAGCGCGCCAUUGGGCUCUUGGACGGUAUCAACAAGCGAUUCCAACUGUGGUGCAAGCUGGACGCCGAGGUGCCACCAGCUUUCCAGCUGGACCAUCAGCAUCAAGACGACGAGUCCGGCAAUCUCACUGACGUCCUGCAUGCACUACCGGAAAACCGUAUUUUGCCGUGUGCCAGAAUCUUCGCCGUGCGCAUUAUUUCGGGCACACGACGAAGACAUCCUUUGCCGUGUGUCGCCAGAAGAACACACGGCAAACAAAAAACACACGGGAAACCUUACUCUUCGCCGUGUGCCAAGGGCCAGCACACGGCAAACCUUGAUCUUCGCCGUGUGUCAGCCAGUAGGCACACGGCGAACAUGGAUCACGUGCGGGGCACACCCUUCUGCCGUCAGGGGGCCUCACGGCCGUUAUUGUUUGCCGUGCGCCAGGGCUAGGCACACGGCGAACUC